GUGAUGCUCACAGUUACCUGUAUGAUAUUAUUCUCGUUUCUCACUGACUUCAGUAACCUCGAGCUCGCGUACAGAGCCUGGCUACCUUUCAACUAUUCCGUGCCAAAUUACUAUUACAUGGCGUACGCUCAUCAGAUCGUUUCUCUGAUCGGCACGGCGCUUGUAAACGUGGCCUGUGACGUGCUGGUUUGCGGACUGUUCGUUCAUGUUUGCAGUCAGCAGGAGAUCCUGAAGCACAGAAUAAAGGGGCUGACAAAACAAUCGAGACCUGACAUUGGAGGGAUCGUGCGUUUUCACGAUUAUUUGUACAGGUACACCUCGAUCAUACAGAAGAAGUUCAAGGAAAUAAUAGGUAUUCAACUUUUCUCGAGUACUCUCGUGGUGUGCUUCAUUCUGUACCAAUUGUCGAACACGCCAAUAAAUUCCAAAUACAUGGAAUUCAUCCUAUAUUUGGCCUGCAUGAUGACGCAGGUUUUCUUUUACUGCUGGUAUGGCAAUCAGCUGAAAUUAAAAAGCGUCGAGGUUGUGGAUGCAAUUUUUGAAAUGGAUUGGGUGUCGCUCGAUAACGACGCUCGAAAGUGUUUGAUUAACAUAAUGAGAAGGGGCAUGAGUCCGAUCGAACUAACCUGUGCCUUCGUAUUUACGAUGGACCUGAAAACUUUCGUGAGCGUUAUGUGUGCCUGCUGGCGACCACCGUUGCUGUCGCCGUUAAAAAACUUCGCCUACACCAUCUAUCAUUGUUACAUAAUGCUGCUGGUGUAUGGUGGCACAUUUUUCCAAUUCGUUGACUUGAUAUUCAUCGUGGAGACUCAAGACGAGUUCUGUGACAACGUUUAUCUAACCCUGGCAUUUUUCAUUUCGUGUCUCAAGAUGUACAGCCUGUUGUCCAGCCGCGAGAGUAUCGCCGCCAUAGCGAAUAUGCUCGAGAGCGCGCCUUUUCAACCGGAGACGAAGGAAGAGACCGAGAUUCGAGAAAAGUGUGAUAAACAGACCAGAUCGAACGCGUUUUAUUACGCACUUCUAAUCGAAUUGACAGUAAUAAUAAUAUCGGUGUUGACGUUGCCAAUCGGCGGACUGCACAAAGAUGAAAGUCACAAGCUACUGUUUCGAAUGUGGUUGCCUAUCAACUAUACUUCGACAGCCAGGUACAGCUUCAUUUACGCUCAACAAAUUUUAAGCCUCGCCUUCAGCGCUCUGUUGCACGUCGCCUGUGACAGCCUCAUAUGGGCUCUGUUGAUGUUCACCUGCAACCAGAUCGAGAUCUUCGGGCAUCGUCUGAAACACAUCAGACGAGACCAGAAUGAAACAACGAGGCUGUGUAUUCGUUACCAUAAUCUCAUCUAUCGAUUCGCCACGAUGAUAAACAAAGAGUUCAAGUCGGUAAUUUUCGUUCAAUUCGCAAUAAGCACGCUGACGAUAUGCAUCAAUCUCUACAUAUUAACGGCAGCGAACAUCUCGUUCGAGAGGAUUUUGCAGUUGAUCAUGUACAGCAGCUGUAUGUUAACGCAGAUAUACAUUUUCUGCUGGUACGGCAACGAAGUUAAGCUGAAGAGCCUCGACAUUUCCAACAUGAUCUUCGAACUCGACUGGCCACCGCUCAAAAACACCACGAAACACGACUUGUUGAUGAUUAUGAUGCGUGCAACGUCUCCAAUAGAGGUGACCAGUGCUCAUGUCGUGACGAUGAAUCUGCAAUCAUUCAUGAUUUUGUUGAAAACUUCUUACUCGGCGUACAACUUGCUUCAAAGUAGCAGAGACUAGCGAACGAGGCAACAGAUUCUCCACCGUGCGUUCUGUUUUCACGACAAUCAACGACAAGACGAA